AUGGAAUACGUUAUUAAACAAUGGAGACGAGCCCAAGUGAUCAUGGUACUUAAACCUGGAAAACCACCAGAACAAGUAACUUCAUAUAGACCAAUUUCGCUUCUUCCAAGCAUCUCAAAAUUAUUCGAAAAACUACUUAUAAAACACUUAAAACCGUUAAUAGAAGAAAAACAGCUUGUACCGGAACAUCAGUUUGGAUUUCGAAAUAAAACUCAACAAUUGACCAGGUCCAUCGUGUCACCAACGUAA